AUCAAGAAAUGCUCAAAUUAAACUCUAGAUCUUUAUCUUUGCAAUUUGAACGAACUGAAAGAUAGAAUUAAUCAAGUUUUAAAUCUUAUAGAUACUUGCAAUAAAUUAAAUAUAAAUGCGACUCCUCCUUCCAUUUGUCAAGAUUUCGAUAAAAAUCAGCUAGAGCUUCUAUAUUCGGGGAAGAGAAUUAUUCUAAAAAAUGGAUGUAAUAAAUCAAAAUAGAUAUUCCUAUGCACAGAAAUUAAAAAUUGGGAAAACUAGUUUUUGAUAAAUUGAAAAGACUAAUACCUAUUGUUAAGUAUAAUCCAGCAUUAAAAAGUAUUUAUGCCUCAUUCUAAAGCAGGCUUAAAGGAUCAUUAAAAAGUCAUUAAGAUAUUGAUAGCUAUGAGGCCAAGAUAAGAAACAAUCAAAAUCUCUGAUAAUAAUAAAAGGGGAUCUCUAAAAAAAAUCCCUAAUUUUAUUAUUUAGAAAUGCAAAUAGCCUUAGAAACCACAUGUUAAAUUGUUUGCUUUUAACAAAUCAUUAAUUAUUUCUCAGCCUCUCUUUAAUAGGGUAAACAGAAACUUUAGCCAAGGGCAUAUCUCAUGCACUAAGUUAUCCUAAAAUGAUUCUCCAGAAAAAUAUAUCCCAUAAUCUUAGUAGAAACGAUUAAGUAUUUAAAUCAGGAAUAUUUAUGGAGUAAAACCAUUUUCGAAUUUUUGAAUGUAAUAUAACUGCUGAC